AUGAUUAUAACACAUAUGCAUGCGCACACAGACACAGGCACCCAUGCAAGGAAGUACGUAUAUACAACCAUAUCCGCUCAUUAUUCAUUGAUACAUUUCAAUUCUCAGUUGGUUGCAUGUAAUUAUUGUGGGAUUGUCAACAGUAUGUAUGGGACGAGUGAAAUAAGCAGUACUCCAACAUUUAACAGUGAUGACUGGGAAAUAAUUUUUGGUAAAGAAGAUGAAGUAGACGAUACGAAAGACUUGAAGUCAAGCCAGAAUGGUGAGCUAGAUAAUCCAGCUGAAAUGGUAUCAACAAACAACAACAGCUUUGAAACUGCAACAGUUUAUUCCCAACGCACCGCCUAUUCCUCAACGAAUUCCGACGCAUCCGCUGAUAAUUCAGGGAUCCUUUCAUUAAUUCAAAGAACGCAGGAUACCGUGCAUCCGAAGAAACAAGUGCAGGGUACUGUAUCAAGCAUGGUUGUAAUGGAUUUGUGUAUGAAACGUGAGCAGAAACUUCGCCUGGAAGGUAAUAUCAUAGAAGCGAAUGCAUUGAGUACCGUUGGUUUCUCGAUUAUGAACCUGAUUGCGAAAGUGAUGGAAUUGCUGCAGUUAAAUGAAUGCAUACAUGUUGGGAGUUUGAUAUUAGAAGCAGUAAAAGCAUCAAUGAGUAAAGGAUCGAAUGAAUGGGAAAGUUUGAUAUUAUGUGCGGGAAGUAUUCAUGCACUCAUCGAUGAAGUACGGAUAAAAAGCGCAGGUUUGGAUGAUGUGGGACAACUGAAAAUGAUAAGUGAGGCAGAAAAAAAUUGGAUAAAAAAGAGCUUGCAGCGAAGCUGGCGAAGGAAAGGAGAAAACGAAAACUGGAUGCUGUGCUUAUAAGAAAACAAGAAGAAGCCAACGAAAUGCGCAAACGUCGUCACGCGAUGCAACAAACUGAAGCACACUCUGUUUUCACUCCUUCAAUAACUUAUCAAUACACAGAAACUUCCGAUCAAGCUAGUGAUGCUAUAUUAAUAAUGGCUGCAAAUAAAUAUAAACUUCGUAAGGAAGAACGACAAAAACAAAUUGAAAGGAAAUCUCAGGCCAAUGAUGAGUGCAGAUCAUCUCAGUCAAAUGUUUUACAUACGAAUCUUCAAGUUAUCAAUGUCAUACCUAACUUGCCUGAUGCUAGGAGCUUCACUGGUCCAAUAAGUGCAGAAGCUUUAAUGGAAUGCGAAGAGUCUGAUUUGAGCAAUUCAAUUACUUUACCAUCAUUUCCGGUGCAAGAAGCUGGUAAUCAACACUGUAUACAACAACCACAUUCGUUUGUAUUAUCGGCAAAAGGAGAGCCUAGGAACCGUCAUAUAUCAAGUCAUAUUCGAAAUAAUAAUCAUAUUUCAUCUCAACUUCGUUUGUUUCGAUCUGGUAGCUGUUUUUAUAGCAAUUUUCAAAGGCUGUCGGUUACUUAUUCAUCGAAUAAUCGAAGUUUUUUGCACAAAUAUCUCUUAAUUGAUUUUUCUGUAAUUGGAAAAACUAACCGUCUGAAUUCCACCAAUAAAAUUCCAAAUCAGUCAAUGACAUCUCCAUACUCGUCAACUGCUGUCAAUAUCUCAAGCCCAGCUGGAAUAUCUCAGCUAAAUAUCAAUUCAGCAAGUACUACGAAUCCAGUUAAAACAAAGAUUGUAACUCAGUCUGCUCAAAAAUAUGAUAAUGUGAGUUUUGUGAAAAUUCGGAAAGUUGGUGCAAAGACAAAUGAAAAUACCAACAAAAAAUUGCAAUCAGUGAAAAAAAGUGUAUUUUUUGUUGGCGAGGAUAAAUAUUCUAUAAUUCAAGUAUCGAAUAAUCCAAAUUCAACAACGGAUGGUAUGAAUAUUAUCGGAUUUCAUGACUAUCGCAAGAAGUAUCCACGGGGAUCAGCAAUUAUGCCAGAUGAAGAGAAAAGAAAGAGAGUGGAAAACCUACCUCCUCGUGAAUACGAUUUUUUCCUUAAAUCGACUACAUCACAAUCAAUUGAUAUCGUUAAUGCACGUUCUUUCUGUGAAAGCUGCGAAUUUACACGUGGUAAUAUACGUAACUGGUUUAUUGUUGGUUCAAGGUUUGAACGUUUGAAUGGGAGUGUUUUUGGUGUGAAAAAAAGUGGUUGUCCGAAAACCCAUCUAUCUCGUGCCAAUUAUCCUCCAAUACAUUUCAGAAUUUUGUCUGACGCUUUGACACGUAUUUCCAUCGACGUUGCUGGACUGAAAAUUUUCUUGGCUGUUGGUGAGGAUUGGAUUGUAAAAAAGUCAAUAAUGCCCGAGGAGUUUACAUCAUUUAUAAGAAAAUUUGCCAAUGUUUUACACGGGCUAUAUGUUAAGCAGUACACACUAGAGCGUACAAAAGAAGUGGAAUUCACGGAUGACUUAGAAAAAAUCAAAAGUGAUUAUGCCUUUGUCGAAAUGCCAACUAUUAUAUUAUUCACAAUUCCUGCAAGAAGUGAUUCUGAUGCGGAAAUGAAGUGUAGUUUUUACACAGUGCAAUUACAGAAUUGGUUCAAAGUUGGGAUGCAACUUGGGAAAAAUUUCUACUGUCAUAAUGCUACAAAUCAAUGCAUAGAAUUGAAAUUAAUUGAUUGGCGACAACUAUGUAUUAAUGAAAAUGCAAACAGUAACAGCAGCAUGAUUACUGUUUUAAUGAAGCAUUUAAUGGAAGAAUGGGGUAUAUGUAUGACACCCAGCAAUCGUUCCUAA